UAUAUCAUUAGAUUCAGACUCCCUGCUGAAUUUGUUAACCGAACGAAGAUGUCAACAACUAUACUAAUACCUGUUAUCGCGUUCGCGCUUCUAUCCUUACCUCAAACUUAUUCAGACAGUCAUGAUAUUCUUGACAAUUGCGAUCAAAGAGGAGAUGACAGAGUGAGGUGUUUUGCUGGUGGGCAGCCAUCUAAAUGUGAAAAGCAGGGAUGCUUUAUGUGCGGAGCCAACAGGUUAUCAAACGAAACAAAAUGUAUAAGAGGAAAAGCCUGCAAAAGAACUGAUCUUACUGGAGCUGAUAACUGCUGGGGAGGCAAAGAAGGAGAAGAAAAUGCUCAUGAUUGCUUCGUAAAAUACAAAUGUGCUUGGUGUCCAGAUAAUGAUAAAUACAAGUGUGUUCGAGAUUUUCCGAAGCCUCAGCCGUUUGUUGAUAAUUGUGACCAACUCAAGCCUGAGAGAAGGUUGUGCAGAGGAAAGGCAAAUAAGAACUCUACAAAAUGCGCCGAACUAGGCUGUUAUUACUGCAAAAAUGGAAAACCCAAAUGUAUUGAAGGAAUCGCAUGCCGAUACGAACCAUCAGACGAAGAUUUAUGCUGGCAAGGUGAAGGCAAGGAGAACCAGCAAGACUGUCUUCGUUUAUACAAGUGUUCAUGGUGUGCAAGAAAUCCCGAAGGAAGACAAUGUGUUAAAGAUACCGUGAUUCCCAAAGACAUACCGACACUCCCGCCACCUACAGCUAUGCCAGCACCACACGUGGACGACUGCUUUGCUGGUGACAUAAAAAGAAGACAGUGUUUCUCAAAAGGAAAGAGGGGAUUAUGUCGUAAAAACGGUUGCUCGUAUUGUCCCGAAAGAAAACCAAAAUGUAUUGAAGGUCUGGCUUGCAGCUAUGUUCCUUCACAAGCUCACAAUUGCUGGAAAGGAGAACCCGGAAAAGAAAAUGCUGAGGAGUGCAAAAAGAUAUAUGGAUGUUCUUGGUGCAAGAAAAACCCAAGAUUCAAAUGUGUUAGCGAUUCUGUGAUUCUUGAUCCCCCGACGAUUUCCCCAAUCACUUGCGCUGCUAAAGAAGCCGUCAACUGCUUUCCUUUUGUGGACCGCUCCAUAAGCCUUGCCCAAUGCGAAAAUCGUGAUCCUGAAUGCAUCUUUUGUCCGGAAAGAGAGGAAGGUGCAAAAUGCUUGCGAUACCGUUGUCCCAAUGGCUAUCAAAAGAGAUAUAAAUCUGACGGUUGUUGCAAAAGUGUUGGCAGUAGUGUGUCCAGUACUUCAGCUCAAAGAAUUGUUAAUGGAGACGAAGCUGCAGAAGGACGAUGGCCGUGGAUGGUCACUGUUAUCGGAAAUUAUGGCGGAUCUAAAACAUUUUGCGGCGGGACACUAGUAAGCAAAAAACAUGUUAUAUCUGCCGCUCAUUGUCUGCUUGCCAGAGACCCGUUAAGAUUCCAGGGCGUCAGUUAUUAUGUGGAAAUGAACUCUUAUGAUCGCGAGAGUGAUGAUAUAGUAAAGAUCGAUGUUUCAAAUAUAAUUUCUCACGAGGGUUAUGUUUACGACGGCCUAAUACAGUAUCACAGCGACAUUAUGCUGAUGGAGCUGGCAGAAGAAGUUCCCGACAGCUCUAACAUACAACCUCUUCCGCUGCCUCAAGGUGAAAUUGUACAUGUCGGUCAGCGGUGCAUUGUUACGGGAUGGGGAUUAACUUCGUUAAUAGAUGAAGAUGUACAAACCAAGUUACGAGAAAUAGCCGUGGAUAUUAGAUCGGCUGAAGAUUGUCUCGGCCCGGAUCCAGAUUAUGAUAAAGGACCACACUUCUGUGCAAAUCGCGAAGAUAUAGAAGUAGACGUCUGUAACGGUGAUAGCGGUGGCCCUUUGGCAUGCCAAAGAUGUGACAGUUGCGAAUGGUAUAUUGCUGGAAUUGUUUCAAUCGGACAUUGCUUUGACAACUUCGGUCAGUUUCCUGGACUUUUCACUAGAGUUUCCUACUACGAGGACUGGUUGCAUGCAAAUGGACUGGAGAAAAAAAAUGGAGAAUACAACUGCGACUUUUACUGAAAACAGAUUUGACUAUUACAACUAUCUGAUAUUACCCAGUGAAAUAGUCAAAUAUAAUCAAUUAUAUAUUUAUUGAACUCCUGAAAUAUUAAAUGCUUAUGAUAAUAACACUUUUGGGCAAUUAUAUGCGAUUACACAAAUAUUUUUCUUCAUUCAAAUUAUUUGUUGUCAUCCGCAUUGGAUGAGACAAAUUUCGUUUUAUUUUUUUGUGAAAUUAUCCACUCGCCUCACAAUUAAAUAUUUAUAUAGACGAAAUAUGUUGGCCCAUAAUAAUACACUUGGAAUAUUUGACACUGUCUAUAGACAAUGUACGGAAUAAAUACAAAUAGGGGAAACCUGAAUAAACUAAUUAAAUUUUGUUUGUGACGGAUACGAAUUUUUAUUGGCUGUGUUAUGCUGAAAUUGGUUUUGUUGAGUUACAAUCAUUUAGAUUUGUACAAAUGUAUUGUUUGUAUAGAAUAUAGAUAAUAUGCUACUUAUAGCCAACGAAGCAGACAUGUUACCACUGAAGCUUGAAUAUACUUGCGUUAACACUUUGUUUUGAACACCUUUUGACUAUGUCAUGUACUGGAAAUGGAAUCUUUCCAUCUU